AUGUGUGCUAGGUUUUGGUGGGGUGGAACAGCGGAUGAUAGAAAGAUUCAUUGGAUGUCGUGGGAGAGGCUAUGUCGUCCGAAGGAGGAGGGAGGUAUGGGUUUUCGUGAUCUGUAUGCUCAUAAUCUUGCGUUGCUUGCUAAACAGGGGUGGUGGUUGGUUAAAAAUCCAGACUCUCUUCUGGGAAGGUUGUAUAAGGCCAGGUACUUUCCUCAUACUGAUUUUUGGUCUGCUCCUAACCCUUCCAUGCCAUCUGCUUGUUGGCGUGGUAUUUUUGAGGCCCGGGAUUUGUUGGUUAAUGGGACUCGUUGGCAAAUUGGUGACGGGUGUUCGGUGCGGGCUUGGGAGGAUCCUUGGCUCCCUAGACCUCGGGACUUUCGGCCUCUAAGUCAGAGGGGCAGUAGUAAUAUGCUGGUUAGUGAUUUUAUUUCUGUUGAUAGAAUGUGGAAUGUUGAUUUGGUUGGGGAACAUUUUGAGCAGGCGGAUGUUGAUCUGAUUCUGACAAUUCCUUUGAGUCAGCGUGCUGGCCCGGAUAAACUAGUGUGA